AUGGCGACGAAUAAAAAGAUGAAAAAAUUGGAAGACCCCGGGUCAGGCGACGGGAACGAGUCUCACUACGAUCUCGAGAUCCAAAAGACUCUUGAAGAAAUAGACGGUUGCCAAAAUCAAAUCGAUGGGCUCAACGAAAAAGCCAGCGACGAAAUCCUCGAGGUUGAGAAAAAGUACAACAAGCUACGUAAACCAUAUUUCCAAAAGCGCAACGACAUCAUCAAGAGGAUACCCAAUUUUUGGGUCAUCGCUUUUGUCAACAAUAAAAAAAUUGCUGAAAUUCUUGAAGAGGAAGAAGAAGACGCACUGAGAUAUUUGAACAAGCUAGAAGUUGAAGAAUUUGAAGACAUUAAAUCUGGAUAUAGGAUUAACUUUUAUUUUGACGAGAAUCCCUACUUUGAAAAUGAUGUAUUAACUAAGGAAUUCCAUUUAGGAUCUACAGGAGAUCCAGCUUCGCAGAGUACUGUUAUCCGCUGGAAGGAAGGAGCUGACUUGACGAAAAAGUCUAAGAACAAGAAUCAAUCCAAAGGACGUAAGAGGACACUGAGCCAUCGGUCCUUCUUUGACUGGUUCACGGAUCAUGGUGAUCCUAGUUCUGAUGAGAUUGCAGAGUUAAUUAAAGAUGAUAUGUGGCCAAACCCGUUACAGAUGGUGAAGGCGAAGAGCCAGAAUAAACAAGACGCGAGGCAACAAUUGUUACAAGUUGCUCGAGAUAUUAAAAAGUAA